AUGAGAGAACGUGACUCUUCGAUCGAAACGUUGCUGAAGAACAAGCUGCCAAAGAAGGCCCUCCCUGAGUACCUGGAUGAGGUUGAUGACCUACUCUGCCAGAUUCAGAAAGAUGAGCCUUCGUUGACCUCUGGCUGGACACUACAGGAGGGGGUUCUUCUCAAUGAAACUAUUUUGCUGGAUCACGAAGGUACGACACUAGGUGACGAACGUUUCCUUCACAACCAAGGCCAGGCGUCCGUAAUUGACCUCACAGCCGGUCUUACAACAUUCGCAAUACGCAUCGCCAAAGCUUUCAUGACGCUCAGUGAGCCGAAUGAUGAUGCUCAAUACGACCUGGUAGUUCAGUACAUCCAUGCCUCAAACCAGAACUACUAUCGUGUCGCAGACUUCCUCUCUCGCCUCCUGCGCUCAGGUCUGAUCGCCUACACCAAGAAGUCCCCGUUGUAUAUCCUAGCCGGGAAGUUUUCGCGGAAGUACAGUGCGGAGGAGGAUCAGUGCUGGGCAUUGUUGGGAGCACUGGACUUAGGGGACUUCACACCCUGGUAUGAACAAAAGCCGGACAUGGACCGGGUCAAGUCUGUCUUCUUUAUGAAUCUACUCCAGGAGCAUCAGUGGUCCACGCUGCUGGUCGCCGCCGAACCUGGUACUUACCAGCAGUAUAGCCCACUACCGUGGCAUAUUAAAGUGACCGAUGGUUACUAUCUGCCUCUAGGAAUAUUCUUCGACGUCAAUUGGAAGCCGAACCUGCCGGCCCUGUCGUGGAGUCAUCCCGUGCCAGCAAAGUCAAAAGAUGAUGCCAUUGAUGCCAUUCACAUACAGACCAGCACUGGAGCCGCAUUGACCCUUCUAAGGGUUCGUAAGGAUGGCACCGCGCUCUGCAGGACCUACACACAGUGUCCGGCUCGCGACAACAAAGGAUGGAUUGAAAUUUCGCCUGUUGUCCGCGUGGUCCCUUCGUCAUCGCUGUACUUCCCAAUUGCAGACCUCGAAAGUACUUCAAAUAUGCCGGGAGCACGCUGCAUUGAAAUUGUCCCCACUAAUGGAGGGGCUCAACCCGCCCCUACCGGUCGAUUUAACGGGGUGCUUGAUAUUUGGGCAACCGAAGGUAGUCUGGAGGAGUUCCAGUUCACCAAAUUUUCAAUGCUAAGCGGGGCUUGA